AUGCACUUUUUAGCAUCAUGCCUGCUAGUUGCUACACGAGCAGAUGCAUCAGCAGUAACAACAAUUGAUGCAGAAGAAGAUAUUGUUAGCAUAGAAACAUUCGCCUCCGCUUUGCCGUCCGCCUUAGAAAAGUACGAUGUUUUAGGUGCAACUUCUUUGGCAGCGGUUGCAGCUGCUGACGUUGCGGCUGCUGCUCUUAACUCAGCCAAAGCAACGCCAACAUCGCUAGUAGAGUCUGAUACAAUAUCAUCGUCAUCAUCACCAACUUCAGCAUCAAUGGGUCGCAGUCACGGUGAUAACAGACAUCGCAAUGAUUUCAUUUCCAACAGCGCAAACUUAUUGUUGCAGGACAUACAGCAACAUGCGGACGGGCUCGUUGUCAAUCUAACCAGACAUCAUGAUGGUGAUAUUUUUCAUACAAAUGUUUUUAAUGUUUUUCAAAGCAAUUACAAGUAUAUAAUGAAUGAAAAAGAAACUGAUUUAAUUGAUAUACAAUUUAAACUUCAUAAUGGAUUUAAUUCGUUUGAAACGCAUUGUGAAAUACCUCCUACGGUUGGCGUGCAUUUUUUGGCGACCGCAAGUAAUUUUGGUUUGAUUUUUGCUGGAAAUCCAUAUGCCCCUAAAUUAAAUAUCUUCAAGCAUAAAGACAUCAUUGAUGCCAAAUACGAUAACCUAGCAUUGAGAACGCGUGUAGUGGAAUUACCAGCUCCUGUUACAUAUUUGUCUUGUAAUGCUGAUGGCUCUUUAUUGGCCAUUAGUUACAAUAUUAAUGGCUGCCCAUAUCUACAGAUCUAUUUCACACAGUCGUUCUUCAUGCCGAAAGUCACUACGUUCUGUGCCACAUGCUUAUCAACUGAAGAAAAUAUCAACGUUACUGAGUUGUUAUGGAAUCCGGUCCUUCGUAAUUACUUGGCAGUCAUAUUAGAUAAUGGUGUACUUGGCAUGUGUGUACUAACUGACAGCGGUCAAUUGAACUCUAAAACUUUGGACAAAUCUGUAGAAAUACAAUGUGGUUCUUGGUCACCAAAAGGAAAGCAAAUUGUGUUAGCAUGCGCAAACGGCAUGCUACAACAAUAUACACCUGACUUGACUCCAGCUCGUUUAGUAAAUAUACCGGCAGAAGUGCUGAACGGCCCAUUUGAUUGUUUAAGCAUCUGUUGGCUAUCCACAUAUCAAUUUGCUGUUGUGUUACUGCAGCGGGGCGAAAAUAGUUGCCCACACAUUGUUAUAGUGAAUGCAUUUAAAGCAGAUAAUAUUACUUAUAAAGAUUACUAUGAUGUAUGCUAUAGCAGUGACGGUCCCCGCAAGCAUAGGUUUAUGCUAACGCAUUUGAUAAGUUGGAAUUUUUUAUUAGUGCUCUCAGCAAAUGGAUUAGAAGUUGGCAUUUUGGGUUCGGAAAAUAAUGAUAAAAUACCCAAAUGGAUACCAUAUAUUUGUGACGAUCAAGCGCGUAUUGCGUUUCCAUUAAAUAAAGACAAAAGUGAUCAAUUCUCAAUUGGACUCUCCGUUGAUACCGCUAGUACACAUAGAUUAAUGAUUAAUGAAUCUGAAUUAAAUCCUAUGCCUAUGAUUCACGUUUUAACUACACAUGGACUACUUCAAUCGUUCAAUUUUCUAAAUCUGUUUCCAAAUGCUGUUAGAUUGUGCUCCCCACCGGUGCAACAUACUGAUAUGUCAGAAAUGUUCUCUCUUAUUGAAGUCGAAGAUUAUUGUAACCAAUCUGUUAAAGAAGAAAAAGGAACAAAUUUUUCACCAGAAAAAUCGGGAACAACUGAAUUUUCAUUAUCAUUUGCUAACACAUCACAAAUGUCACUCUAUGAAACAUUCAGUUUUAAUAACACCGAGACAAGUUCAAAGGCAAGUCCUAUACCAGAACUGGUUACUUUUAAUAACAGAAACAAUCAAUUAUUUUCAAACGUGGAAUCGUUAUCAGGACCAAGUUCAAUUCAAAAUAAAAAUUUAGUAAUAACUUCUCCAGAUACUAGCGUUAAUAAUCGAAAAGCGUUAUUUGCCACUUCACCAACUGUUACUAAUGAACAUUUACGUCAAAGGACUGAUGAUAAAACUAAACUUUUUCAAGAUUAUGAACUAAUGAGCGGACAUGUCUUUUAUUUGGAUAUAUUAGAUUUCGAUAGAACAUUGCAGACAUUGCUUGUAAAACAACGAAAUAAUACUGUAGUGCUUGGACACCCUGAAGAGUACAGAAAUAAUACUUUAACUCUGUUGGAAUUAGAAAAAACAUUUGAUCAAGCCGGCACUAAGGAUUUUCAAAGAGAUAUACAUCAUUUACGACAUGAAAUGGUUAAUUUAUACGCCAUGUUAGAACAUAUUAAAACUAAUAUGACAUUAUCGAAGAAUUCACAUUUGAAAAAUAAACUCUCACUGCCCGGUUUUGAUAAAUAUAAUGGUCGUUCACUUAUUAAAUCUUAUGAACUUAUAAGGAACAAUAAAUUCUUAUUAAAGACAGUUGAAUUAGAAUUGGAAAUGCAGCGUGUUAUACACUACGAUAUACUACGGAAGAUAAUGCCUUUCGCACCCCGCUUAGAUCCAAUUGGUAGAUCUAAUUUUCGUUGUCUUGGCAUAACGCAAAAUAAAACUCGUUUUACUAAAAGAAUAUCUCUUAUUAAACCACAAGAAAUAGUGGAACAAAAAGUAAUCACACCAGAAAUCCUUGCUAAACAUAUAUUUUCUGAGGAAGUCAAAUUUUCUCCAUCCAACCAUACACUACAUAUUAAUCCAAAACAUAAAAGAAUAGCAUUGUGUUUGGCAUUAAAAAGAAAAGUUACAGCUGCGAAAAAAAUUUUUCCAAAACGUUUAAGUCGUUUGGAUAUUGAUUCCCUUCCUAUACUAGAGGCGAACAUUAGUCAGAUGUCAAUAAGUGAUGAUACAUCAACAAAUCAUGAUAUAACUCAAAUAAAUAUUGUGAAACCUAUACAAGCCAAUUCAAUAGAGCUACAAAACGUUUUUGUCUCAUUAGACCAAGUAUCUCCAAUCUUUUAA